ACAGUAUUCCAGACAAAAUGGCGGAUGUUGUUGUUUUGCCGCAGGGUCAGUGCUAAUCGGAGUUCGCGUUUUCACUGAUUUACUGCAAGAAAAGACAGAAAUAAUAUCGUUGGCGACAACCUUCAUCAUUGUAAGGGUUUGCGAGGUGGACUGUAAUGAAAGGCAAAGAAAGGUCGCCGAUUAAAAAGCGCUCUCGGGCUUUGGAUGAUAUCCGAGACAGGGGAGGAGGCCAUCCGCCCAGCAAGAAAAUGGGGGCUAUCUCAGUUUCCAGUGGGAGCAAUAAUGGAAAUAGCUCGACUAAAAGUGACGCAGGAUCUACAAGAAGGAGUUUGUUGGGCGAAAAGAGAGACAGGGAUUUUGAUGGGCAUGUUUCCAGUCGAUCCGGCGUGAGUAACCAUAGUUAUCCCGGUGCUGUUGCUAGCGCUAUCGGUAAGAACCACAAUUUGGGCUUGACUCUCGAUUUAGCCACUGCAAGGACUAGUAAUUCUCGUGGCGAGCGUGCUCUGCCUCCCCCCAACAACAACGAAAGUGAGUACAAAACUCUUAAAAUCAGUGAGUUGGGAACCCAGUUGAGUGAUGAAGACAUCGAAGACGGACUUUUCCACGAAUUCAAAAAAUUCGGGGACGUGAGUGUCAAAAUAAGCCGCAGCAACGACGAGAGAAUCGCUUUUGUCAACUUCAGAAAGCCCGAGGAUGCCAGGGCAGCUAAACACGCCCGGGGCAGGUUAGUACUUUACGACCGUCCUCUGAAAAUCGACGCAGUGUACAUCAACAGACGGAGAAGUCGCUCUCCAGUUGAGAGAGUUGACAGAGACCCCUAUGUUGGAGCCCCAGGGCACAGACACCUUCACACCCAGAGACCCCUCUCCCCAUCAGGGCUUGGAUACAGAGACUACAGACUACAGCAGCUGGCCCUUGGGCGCCUCCCUCCUCCCCCACUUCCCCCUUUGCCCAGAGACCUAGAAAGGGAGAGGGAGUUUGCCCUGUUUGAAGCCAGGUCGCGCCCAGGUCCAGCUUUCAUUGCAGCUGCUGCUUUCCGCGAGGAGGAUUUUAUCUCUCCCGAGGAUGACCAAAGAGCUAACAGAACGCUGUUUCUGGGCAACUUGGACAUCACAGUCACAGAGACGGACCUGAGGAGGGCGUUUGACAGAUUUGGGGUGAUAACAGAGGUGGAUAUAAAGCCCACACGGGGACAGACCAGCACAUACGGAUUUCUGAAGUUUGAGAACCUAGACAUGGCCCAUCGCGCCAAACUCACCAUGUCUGGAAAGAUAGUGGGCCGUAACCCCAUAAAGAUUGGCUAUGGUAAGGCCACCCCCACCACACGCCUAUGGGUGGGUGGGCUCGGACCCUGGGUCCCCCUAGCAGCAUUGGCCAGAGAGUUUGACCGCUUUGGUACAAUAAGGACCAUUGACUACAGAAAGGGGGACACCUGGGCUUAUAUACAGUACGAGAGCCUUGAUGCUGCUCAGGCUGCGUGCACUCACAUGCGUGGCUUCCCUCUGGGGGGGCCCGAGAGGAGACUCAGGGUGGACUUUGCAGACACAGAGCACCACUACCAGCAGCAGUUCCUUCAGCCUCUUCCUCUACCCCCCUUCGACAUGGUGGCAGAGGCUUUCAUCCACCGAGCCACAGCUGAGCCCCUGAGGGACAGGGAAAGGACUCCACCGCCGCUCCACUUCAGAGAGAGAGAUCUGGGCUUCCCCGGGGCUGAGUGGCCCCCUAACCUGGCUAUGCGUGAACGAGUACGUCCCGGGGUCUUUGAGCUGCCAGACCACCUGCAGCGGGACCGGCGGCCGGGGGGGAGGGAGCCCUGGUCUUUGGAGCGUGAGCUGGUGGGGCGCGGCGGAGACCCAGGACGGAAACGACGCCUCAUGGACGACGGUCGCCAUCUUGAUGUCUCUCCUGACAGCACUGACCGCACGGCACGCCGGCGCAGAGGUGGCCCAUCCCCAGACGGUAGCCCUGACGGAGGCCGCUUCAGUGACUCAGAGCGCCCCCCUCGCGGCGACGACAGACCCUCCCCUGGACGAGACCGCCGCCCCAGUCUGGAGCGUCCUAGCGGAGGGGACAGGAGAUUGAAGAACCAGGGGAAUCUCGCCGAGAGAGGGGCCUCCAGCAGUGGCCUCGCAUCUUCAACAGGGGAGCGGAAACGUAAAGCCGGCGACAGCAGCAGCAGAGGACCCGGAGCUAAGAGGGAUCGCUCCUCAGACCAGGGCGGCUCUAAAGGCAGUCAGUCAUCCAAGCUUAGCCUGGCCUGGCACGGCAUGCUCCUCCUGAAGAACAGCAACUUCCCCGCCAACAUGCACCUCCUGGAGGGUCACCAGGGCGUGGCCAAGGACCUCCUCGUCGACGGCCCCACAGGGAGACAGGUGGGGGAGCUCAAGAUCACCCAGCGUCUCCGCCUCGACCAGCCCAAGCUGGACGAGGUCUCCAGACGCAUCAAAGCGGCCGGCCCCGGCGGCUACGCUGUCCUCCUGGCGGUUCCGGGUUCCGGUGGCGAGGAGGUAUCGUCGACGGACCCUGCAGCUUCCACCCAGCGUCCUCUCCGCAAUCUGGUGUCCUACCUGAAACAGAAGCAGGCAGCCGGAGUCAUCAGCCUGCCGGUUGGAGGCAGCCGGGAUAAAGACCACCAGGGUGUUCUCCACGCGUUCCCUCCCUGUGAGUUCUCACAGCAGUUCAUUGAUGCCUCGGCUAAAGCUCUUGCCAAAACCGAUGAGGACUAUCUGGUGAUGGUCGUGGUGCGAGGGCCAUCAUAACUACAAUAAGAGACGAAGCAGAACAUCAGUGAUAUUGUACAAAAGAAAAAAAAUAUGUCAGUAACUACUAUUGCAUGCUGUGUGUUGAGUUCUGCUCCAUGGGGUACUACUAUAGAGUAGGGGUAUGAUGGGGUACUACUAUAGAGUAGGGGUAUGAUGGGGUACUACUAUAGAGUAGGGGUAUGAUGGGGUACUACUAGAGUAGGGGUAUGAUGGGGUACUACUAGAGUAGGGGUAUGAUGGGGUACUACUAGAGUAGGGGUAUGAUGGGGUACUACUAUAGAGUAGGGGUAUGAUGGGGUACUACUAGAGUAGGGGUAUGAUGGGGUACUACUAGAGUAGGGGAAUGAUCACUAGGCUAUGUCACUAUUUGUUCCACCAAAAUAAUUAUGAAGUGCCCUCUUGAAAGUCAACAAAUGUGUAGGCAAAUUGUGCUACCCUGUUUUAUUAAUUAAGGGUGUGUUCAUUUCCAGCCAGUAUUAUAAAAGGGGGACAUUCUAGAAAUACAAUCUAACUUGAAAUGAGGUAAAAUGGCACCCUUUUUCAUUUAGGAAAACUUGAAUCAACCACUGUGUGUGAGAAGACUCCAUUCCAACAUUUGGUCCACUGUUAGUGUUCCACUGAUCGUAUUAUAUACAGAGCCUUCAGAAAGUAUUCACACCCCUUGACUUAUUCCACAUUUUCUUGUGUUACAGCCUGAAUUUCAAAUGGAUUACCCGACAAUACAAUACCCGACAAAGUGAAAACAUGUUUUUAGAAAUGUUCCCAAAUGUAUUGAAAAUUAAAUACAGAAUGAUCUCAUUUACAUAAGUAUUCACACCCUUUAGUCAAUACUUUGUUUCUAAGUACCUUUGGCAGCAGUUCUAGCUGUGAGUCUUUCUGGGGUUAGUCUCUAAGAGCUUUCCACUCCAUUUAUAAUGCUUCCUUCUUUUCUCGCUGUAUAGGUUAGUAUUGUGGAGUAACUACUAUGUUGUUGAUCCAUCCUCAGUCAUUAAAACAUCAUGUUAAACAAUAUUAUUGCACACAGAGUGAGUCCAUGCAACUUAUUAUGUGACUUGUUAAGCACAUUUUUACACAUUAACAUAUUUAGGCUUGCCAUAACAUCUUGAAUAACAACAUUUCAGAUUUUCAUUUUUAAUUAAUUUGUAAAAAUGUUUUUUUAUUUUAUUUAAAAAACAUAAUUCCACUUUGCUGUUAUGUGGUAUUGUGUGUAGGCCAGUGACACAUUUAAAUUUAAUCCAUUUUAAAUUCAGGCUGUAACACAACAAAAUGUGGAAAAAGUCAAUGAAUGUGAAUACUUUUUGAAGGCUCUGUAGAUUAGGCUGCUUUUUGCUUCAUUACAAUCAUUUCGUGUCAUUUACAGUUAAUUAUAUAUUUUUCACCUCAAGGCCCUUUCUAAAAAAUCCUGAAUUAUGAAGCCUUUAUUUUAAAUGUCACAUUUUGAGAAAGAUACCAUUAGAUCUGUUUGACAACUUUGGUAUGGUGAGGAUAUAAAUCAUAUUUCAAUUUCUCACAAAAAAAGUAUUGGGGACAAUUAUGUUGGGAUAUGUCAUUAUGUUUUACCCUGUAUAACUGGUUAGGUUACACCUGGUGUUUUACCCUGUAUAACUGGUUAGGUUAAACCUGGUGUUUCAGCCUGUAUAACUGUGGUUAGGUUACACCUGGUGUUUCAGCCUGUAUAACUGGUUAGGUUACACCUGGUGUUUUACCCUGUAUAACUGGUUAGGUUACACCUGGUGUUUCAGCCUGUAUAACUGGUUAGGUUACACCUGGUGUUUCAGCCUGUAUAACUGGUUAGGUUACACCUGGUGUUUCAGCCUGUAUAACUGGUUAGGUUACACCUGGUGUUUCAGCCUGUAUAACUGGUUAGGUUACACCUGGUGUUUCAGCCUGUAUAACUGUGGUUAGGUUACACCUGGUGUUUCAGCCUGUAUAACUGGUUAGGUUACACCUGGUGUUUCAGCCUGUAUAACUGUGGUUAGGUUACACCUGGUGUUUCAGCCUGUAUAACUGUGGUUAGGUUACACCUGGUGUUUCAGCCUGUACAACUGUUGUUAGGUUACACCUGGUGUUUCAGCCUGUACAACUGUUGUUAGGUUACACCUGGUCUUUCAGCCUGUAUAACUGGUUAGGUUACACCUGGUGUCUCAGCCUGUAUAACUGGUUAGGUUACACCUGGUGUUUCAGCCUGUAUAACUGGUUAGGUUACACCUGGUGUUUCAGCCUGUAUAACUGUGGUUAGGUUACACCUGGUGUUUCAGCCUGCACAACUGUUGUUAGGUUACACCUGGUGUUUCAGCCUGCACAACUGUUGUUAGGUUACACCUGGUGUUUCAGCCUGCACAACUGUGGUUAGGUUACACCUGGUGUUUCAGCCUGUAUAACUGUGGUUAGGUUACACCUGGUGUUUCAGCCUGCACAACUGUUGUUAGGUUACACCUGGUGUUUCAGCCUGCACAACUGUUGUUAGGUUAGCCCACACCUCUAUGGUUAAGGAAUGGUACAUGACACUACAAAAUGGGUAGAGACAAUGGGGUUUAGUUGCUGAGUGUAAACUCAACCUAACUUGUCGGUGGUGUGAAUAUAGUGUAUUCAAUUGGUUUCCAAAUGUGUUUUAAUGUUUAAGCUACUCACCAGUAAUACUUGGGCGUAUUGAGAGGCUGAAUGGGAAAUAUAGAGGUGAUUUUUGCCCAGCUAAUAUACUGUAGGAUGGGCCCAUCAAUGCAAUGAUGCAGCAAACACAUAGCCCACUAAGAGAGAUGCUAAGGGUAGAUUUUAUUGUGUAUAUUUUCUUUAGCACCACCUGACCCUUGGUAGUAACUUGUGACCUAUAACCUUUGACCUAUAAUGCGUGGUAAAAUUACACUAGAGAUAAAAAACAAACGUAAGUUUUUGUUGUUGUUGACAUUUGUUGGUCCGGUUUCAUUCAAUUAAUAUACCAAUGUUUGUUGCCAAGUUUGUCUGAAUAUGACAGUAUUUUAUUGGUAAUCAUUGCUAACAAAUGAUUUACGGUAAUCCUAAUAAUCAAUAAGUUAAAAGGCUAUUCAACAUUUGGAGAAACUGAUCAUUUUUUAUUUUUUUUGAGGAAAACUUAAAUUGUACGUUUGAUAAGUUGUAGUGCUAUUAUUUUGCAGUAUUUUUAAACCACAAUGUUUUCCCCGUUUGCGGUCAGCAGAAAACAGCUAGAUUUGUCAGACUUAAUAGCCUACUGUUGGUAACAUUUUAUGGCUGUUUUUUAAUAUUUUUUUAAAAACUAAACUGAGUUGUAGUUUUAAGAUGUUUUAAGAUGAGGUUGGUCUGGUUUAUCUGUUUGAAAAACUGUAUGAGAAAAAAAAUCUGUAUCUGUCUCAAAAGUUCACCGCCUCAACUGUGGACUUCCUAUGGCUCAAACCUCACAGGAAACUCUGAAGAGAAGGAAACUACUUAGUAUUUGUGUGUUUUCACUGAGAAAGCAGCUUUUAAGUUGUCUUCUUUUGUGUUCUGUUUUAAGUGGAGUAAUAUGACCCUCUUGCUUUGUGCUGUGUACCUGGUUUCAUUGGGAAGACAAGAAAAGGGAAAAUCCUCUUCCCACACUGCGCUUACUGCCAAGCUGUUUAACACACACAGAGACAAAGUGCAUUUAUGCACUUAUUUGUCCUCCGAAUAUCAAUAAAUGUUCAUUUGUUGGAAA